CCUAUCAAGUCAUACCAGAUCAAUGCUUGCCUGAUAUCGAUAUAGGAAAACUAGUUGGGGAUACCUUUGGUAUUAACGCAGCUGGAAUACAAAUGUGCAGUCUCCUUAAAUUUAUACUGUACUUUUAAGUUUAGUUCAUUCUUACAGACUAAUAUCUUGGAGUGCUUAAUACGAUAUCUUGUAUAAUGUUUUGCGCACAGGAGAGUUCUACAGCAAUUUACUGGCAGGAUGUAUAGGAAGAACGAGGGAAAGCUUUCAUACAUGUUUUCUUGCUGAGAGAUCUCCUGUAUUUCUUUCAUUUAAAGUACGUUUUUUAAAAAACUUUACAAUUGUUUCACUUCGAUCAUUGUAUUAAUUGGAAAUAAUGAAAAUGCCAUGUUACAGAAUGACGAAGAUGUGAUUUCUUUAAAAAAAACUGUUUUAAUUUUUAGUUAGUACGGAUAUAACAUGAAUUUCACCUACCCUUUUUAUCAGAUAGAGGACAGCAAGGAGACAUUUACAACAAUGAACACAACGACUGUUUAUGGGUUCGGAAACAUGUCCUUCAGAGGUUUACCGCGGGAAAUGACAUUCAACGAUGAUAAUGUCAUGUCUGUGAUAGCAUAUUCGUGUCUCUUUAUAUUCGCUGCUACUGGAAAUUUAAUCGUGCUGGUGACUCUGUUAAAAAGUCGGAGAUACAAAUCUAGAGUGAAUACAUUUAUUAUGCAUUUGUCCAUAGCCGAUUUAAUUGUGGCUUUUGUAAUGCUACCUUUGGAAACUGCGUGGCACAUUACUGUGUCUUGGAAAGCUGGGGAUGCGGCGUGUCGGAUUUUGAUGUUUUUUCGCGCUCUUGGAUUUUAUCUUUCGUCGUUUGUGCUGGUGACUAUAAGUUUAGACCGUUAUUUUUCCAUCGUCCAUCCCAUGAGCAUACACGACGCCGACAGGAGAGGCAAGAUUAUGCUUACUAUGGCUUGGUUACUAAGCGUCAUCGCCAGUCUACCACAGAGUAUUAUUUUUCAUGUGGAGCGUCAUCCUAAAUUCACGUGGUUUGAGCAGUGCGUGACGUUUAACUUUUUCCCGACUGAGCAACACGAGCUUGCUUACAACUUAUUCAACGUUAUCACUGUGUAUUUGUUACCACUGGUCAUCAUCACAACUUCAUACUCCCUCAUACUUUACAAAGUGUCCAAAACAGCCAGACGAGACGAGGAGGAACGACGCGAGUUUGGACUGUAUACACAUCGGUCACACACAUACCCGCUCUCCAGAAGUGGUCUCAUAUCAUGCACGCGCGCUGGAAUCAUCGGGAAGGCCCGAAUCAGAACAUUAAAAAUGACACUAGUUAUAGUGACGGUUUUUGUCCUGUGUUGGACCCCAUAUUUUCUUAUGGUGUCCUGGUUUUGGAUCGACAGGGAAUCCGCUAAAAAUAUUGAUACUAAAGUUCAAAGAGGCCUUUUCAUCUUUGCCGUGUCCAGUGCGUGUCUGGAUCCCAUUGUUUAUGGUAUGUUUACAACUGCAUUCCGCAAAGAGGCUAGGAGGUGGAUUGGAUGGUUUAAGGACCGAUUAAACCGCAUGGGUUUAUACACUUUGACCCCUAACACAGCAAGCGAGCAGGAAAAUUUCAAAUAGCCGACUGACGAAAAUUAGACUUCUCACAUUUAUUAUUCACAAGGAGCCUUCGACCAUCGUUUUUUUUUAUUUCCUUAAAGAUUAUUAAGGGAAAGAACGAAAUAUUAUAAAUAGGGGGAAUUACACUGUACAUAUCUGUAUGUCAACUUAAAUAAUUUAUCUAUAAAGAAUGUAAAAAAAAAAAACCAAGAUCAUUGAAUUAGAAUUGGUUUAAAACUUUAUACACUGUAAUUGAAAGCCUUGAAAUUUGUUAACAGUGAAAAGAUUUUUCAUUUCAUUUCAGAUGUUUAAUUAUAAUGCAUUUUUUUAGAUUUUAUUUUUUACGUUGAUGUUUAUUAAAACAAGGUCGAUAGAACAAUGCCGUCCUGCUCACAUAUUUUUGUUUACUUAUCUAAAAUUAAUAGGCCUUUAUUCAAAAUACGUCAUUCCGAAUCUUUCAUCUGUAUCAAGACCUUUUUAAAGAUGUAAUGAUCAUCGGUUCAUCAACACGCGUUUUUGAUGGAAUUGUUGAUGAGUUAUAUAGGACUGUCAUUGCUUGUAUUUUCAGCACGCGAUUAAACACAUCUGAGAGACCAAAAUAUAUAGUCUGAUCAAGAGAUAAUGAACUGCUUUCUCAAUAAACUUAAUGUCGAGAGUGUAAUAGGGCAUUAAAAGGACGUGUCCUUUCGACGCGCAAUUUGAUAAGAAGCAGAAUUAUCUUAACGCUCAGUUACAUAUCGACUCGAAUUCUAAUAAAAUUGGACCCUCUUUUCAUUUCCGCUAAUGUAUUAUAUGACACUGUUAUCAGAAAUAGAACGAAAAUUUGUUUAUUUUGGGGGAAUAAGUUAGGGUGUUUUGAGAAAGCGUAAUUACUUACUACAGUGAAAUUUCAAUCACCAAUGUUUAUUUAAAUUUGGUUUGGUUUGGACAUGCUGUAUGUAUAAUGUAAUGAAACACAAAUGGAUUGGGCAGCAUAUGACCUCUCCACAGUUUCAAUUUACUAUAAGAAUAAAAUGCACGUGUACAAAAUACCUGUUAAUAAGCAACAUAAAAUACCGUACGGUUGUAAAGGAAAUUAUACAUGAAGAUUUGUCAACAAAUACUGAUUGUACAUGACAAAUAAGUUACAAUAGCAAGAUGUACGUGUAAGACUUGUAUUUACACUUUACAUAAUGACUUGUAUAAACUGCUUACCCGGAUAUCGACAUGCAUUCAGUUAAUUAUAAAUCAAUGAGUAUUGAAUUUAAUGCACAAAUACCAAUCCAUUUUACCACAGUGGUGGACUAUUUGCAACAUUUAUGAUAUAACAUUCCAUCGUUUAAUAUAACGUAUUCCUGUUAAAUGACAUUUGAUAAUAAAUCUCGUCAUCAAU